UUUAUUUAAUAUUUGUGAUGCAACCUAGUUAAUAUAUAUGCCAUUGCAUAUGUAAUGAGAUUACAAUGUUCAAGAGCCUUUACUUUGAAAACCCCUUGAAAACCCCUCUCCCAAGAAACUCAAUUAGUAACGAAGAUCAUUCCUUGUUCGGAAUUUGGAACCAGUAAUGGCGACUGAUAAGUCUGUUAUUGCCGUGAUCAGGGCCUCCAGGCCGUCAUUUCGUAACGACUUCGACAAACUUGCUUUUGCCGUCCACGCCUCUUUCCUUUCUUCUGGUUUCGUUCUCACUGCUACCGGAACCCCUGCAUUUUCCGAUACUGCUCUCUCUUCUUCCUCCACCUCCGAUGAGGUGGGUAUUGAUGGCUGGAACGAUGUUGAUGGUGAGUACGCGUUUGUCUACACAAACUCUGAGAAGGUUUCUCAAAAAGUAUUGGUGAAAUGUCUUGUGAUGAACGACAAGUUGCUUGUUGAUGCUUUGGCUGAUGGAAGCUCUGAACCUGUUCAUCUUGAAAUCAAUGUUGGAGACUAUAAUGUUGGAGAAAGCGGGGAGACCAAUUACUCCACCCAAUUCAAGAAUUUGGAUAAGCUGGUCAAAAGCCUAGAUUCAGAAAUUUUCUCCAAAUUAGAUGGGUCUUCUAAAGCUAACUCAUCCACCAAUCUUCGAAGUUCUGGUACUAGGGAAGAAUCAAGAAAUUAUGUCAAUGAACCUGGUGCUAGAGCUCCUGAAUCUUCCAGAGAUCAAAUACACCCUUCAGGAUUUGUAUAUCCUCCUGUUUAUCCAGUUGGUGGUAGUGAUCUCUAUCCUGGCCCUGGCGCUGGGAUGUAUCCACCCAGGGGUGAUUUUGGCGGUGGAAGCAUGCUUCUAGGGCCUAAUGACCCUCGUUGGUUUGGUGGAAGUGGAGAGCCUGAUUUCCCUGGUGGACUACCGGGUGUACCUCCAGGUGCUCGUUUCGAUCCUUAUGGUCCUCCUGGUGUUCCUGGCUUUGAGCCAAAUCGGUUUACAAGGGGUCCACAGAGGCCGGGGAGGGGGACUCAUCCUGACCUUGAACAUUUUGGUGGUGGCUCUGAUUUCAUUUAGAGAUGUCAUGAAAACUCUUUCUUAGUUUCUGUCUCUACUUUUUUCCAGAGAAUUUACAUAAAUAUACAACUUUGUGUAUGCAUAUUACAUAAAGAACUGUUAUGUUUAAUAAGUAGAGUAGGAUUAAUAGCAGCAGCACCAGAUUUGUUUGAACAUGUUGUUGUUUUUGCUCAUGGUCAUGAGGUAAAAUUAAUCUAUAAUAAUGUCAUUAAGAUAGUUAAGGCAGAAAUCCAGAAAUCGAAUUUUAUUGAAUUGAUUUUGCUGCUUGUAUAUAUAUGCUUCUUCUGUAAAUAAACAAUAUCUUUUUAUUUAAUUUUAUAUUUGGGGUGAGAUUAUUUAUAAGUUACUCAAUUCCCCUUGAGAA